CGUGCGCGUUCGCGUUUCCGCGCACCCAUCAAAGCGGAGAAGAGAGAGGACAGGGGCGAAGAAUCCAGCGAAAUCCAGAGCCAGCUUCCUGAACCCUGAGCCUUUUCUACGGGAAGUUGUCUCCAAGCGCUCCGACGUGCACGGAGAGGUGGGGGGAUAUUUGCGCAACCAUUGCACGACUGGGCGGCUGAAGUUUUUUUUUUUAUUUAUUUAUUCUUUUAUUAUUUAUUUUGCUCGGAGCGGGGGUUGACUCGGGUUUUGAGUUUCACCGGAGGAGCUGCACCGCCGCACGUCGCGCCACACGCAGGGAGGAGGAGAGGAGACUGGGCAAAGAAGAAGUUUCCUGCUGGCUUGUUUUGUCGCUGCGGGGCGAGCGAAUCCGCAGGAAUGUCGCAGACGGAGAGACCCACUUUCUACCGACAGGAGCUCAACAAAACCGUGUGGGAGGUCCCGGAGCGGUAUCAGAAAUUGUCUCCGGUCGGCUCCGGCGCAUACGGAUCCGUGUGUUCGGCGUACGACAUGAAGUCGGGCUUGAAGGUAGCCGUGAAGAAGUUGUCCAGACCCUUCCAGUCCGUCAUCCACGCAAAGAGAACCUACAGAGAGCUGCGGCUGCUCAAACACAUGAAGCAUGAGAACGUGAUCGGCCUAUUAGAUGUUUUCACUCCAGGGACGAGCUUAGAGGAGUUCAACGAUGUAUAUCUGGUGACGCACCUAAUGGGAGCAGACCUCAACAACAUUGUCAAGUGUCAGAAGCUGACCGACGACCACGUCCAGUUUCUCAUCUACCAGAUUCUCAGAGGCUUAAAGUACAUCCACUCGGCAGACAUCAUCCACAGAGAUUUAAAGCCCAGUAAUCUGGCUGUGAAUGAAGACUGUGAGCUCAAGAUCCUGGAUUUUGGUUUGGCGCGGCACACGGAUGACGAAAUGACGGGCUAUGUAGCCACCCGGUGGUACCGCGCCCCGGAGAUCAUGCUCAACUGGAUGCACUACAACAUGACGGUGGAUAUCUGGUCGGUGGGCUGCAUCAUGGCGGAACUACUCACGGGACGGACGCUCUUCCCUGGCACAGACCACAUUGAUCAGUUGGGGCGUAUAAUGAUGCUAGUCGGAACGCCAGGGCCCGAGCUCUUGAUGAAAAUCUCUUCGGAGCCAGCGAGGAACUACAUCAACUCACUUCCCCACAUGCCCAAGAGGAACUUUGCUGAUGUGUUUAUUGGUGCCAACCCACUUGCCGUGGACUUGCUGGAGAAAAUGCUGGUGCUGGACACGGACAAGCGAAUCACGGCGUCCGAGGCUCUGGCCCACCCCUACUUUUCCCAGUACCACGACCCAGAAGACGAGCCUGAGGCGGAGCCUUAUGACCAGAGCUUCGAAAGCCGCGAGCUGGAAAUUGAAGAAUGGCAACGCCUAACCUACGAAGAGGUAAUCAGCUUCGAGCCGCCGUCGUUCGAUGGAGACGAGAUGGAAUCCUGAGGAGGAAGCACCUUCUCUUCCAUUCUUUCUUUUUAUUUUAUUUUUUUGUUUUUUUUUUGGUUUUCAAGGCAACACUCUUUAAGAACUGUCGGUCUCAUGUGACGAUCCACUUUCCACACACAUGCGCACAACCAUGACAUUCAAGUGCCUGCCAUCAUUCAUAUCUGGGGGACGUUGGCGAUAUCAGGGAAGAAAAAACAAAAAAAAAACUUGACAUCCUGUUCAUACCGUCCCCCACCCUGCUGUUUUUGUUCCCUUGCAUCUCUUUGUGCAGAGGCAGACUUUAAUUCUUCUCAUAUUUUUACUACAUUUUUUUUUUUUUUUUUACCUCAGACAUUUAUUGCUUAGAUUUGCCCCGCUUUGAUUCAUAGAACUAAAAAAAUGACAUGUCAGUAUCUAAGAGGUCCAGUGUGUAGUAUUUAGACGAAUCUAUCGGCAAAAAUUUGAAGAUCAUUUGUGUUUUUUUUAAUUUUUUUUUAUUUAUGUAUAACCACGAAUAACUGCAUUUUAUUAGAAUUGAGAAUUAACCCUUUAUAUACACACAGGGUACGGGUCCUCAUCUUGCACCUCCACAUUCCUACAAUUGCCCAGAAUGGACAAACCAAACACUUUUUUUUUUUUUACAUUUUCACUGAUGAUUUUUCCAGACACAACAUUGUCCAGAGCUUCGCUUUCACACGUGAAGCUCUAAUCUGAUAAUUAUCCACAUCAGAUGCAUUCUCACCCAUUGGAAAUGCCCUAUGUGUAUGGAAGAGAAGUAUGACUCCUCUGUAACAAGGACUGUUUGUAUGUAGAUGUCAGUACUACAUAUGUUUGGACAUAUCUGCGAUAUUAACAAAAGAGUGCAUAGCAAAAGGCAGGUAUUAUAGAAAAGAGCACAAAGCUACACUCCCUGCAAAGUCCACUCGCUCACUGUGAAUUCUCCGGUCAAAUACCUGAAUUUGGUUUAAUUCGAGGUCCGACAGAUUCAUACAGUGGGUGACGUCCGGAAAAUACCAGGUACUGCUUUGGAUUUGUGAAAGCCCUUCAACAAUCGGAAUAGUUGGUUGCAGUCUGCAAUCUCACCACCAGAUGUCACUAAAUCCUAAACACUGGUCCUUUGAGGCAAAUUUGAAAGAAAAAACAAAAACUUUUAACAUAACUUAUUAAGUUUGACUACUCCAUGACAUGUCUGAAGCUUAUUUAUUCUCCACACUUUAAAUGCAGUCUUUUUUUUUCAGUAAGCACAUAGAACUGUAGAUAUUACAGAAAACAGUAUUUGUACAUAAGUAUUUCAGGCAGUUACCAUAUGUGCGUAAUAGUCAUGACAUGCUGAGGCACACGUCGGCCGACCCCUUUGACAGUAUAAAGUUUAUUCCUAGAGUUUAUCCUAAAAUGGCAUACUUAAUUGUGUAAUUUAUUAUGAAAAUGUAUAGGAUAGAAUAAAAUGUGUAAAAUAUUCACCAUGAAAAACUCUAGGCUUCAUAUAGUGAAGCCUAGAGUUUACAAAAAAAAACAAAAAAAAAAGAGUUUGAGAGUAGAGAGUUUUGCUUAUAUUUCCAAUUCACCUGACUUUUUCUUUAGUUUUCCCUCUUUUUUUUUUCUUGGCAGUCAAUCAGCACUUCUGUUGUUUCACAUGAAUGUUUUAAACAGUCACCUACAGCCAGUAUCACCACAGCACGAUGAAGCCACACUCGGCUUAUUAGUUCAUCCACAUGCGAUGUUUACCAUCCCGACAUCAACUGACAAUGUAAUUUAAUCAUUUUGCAUUUAUAAAAAAAAAACGCAGUACUUUUAAUGUUUAUUGAAUGUUUGGGGCACCAACCUCGCCCUGUAUUUAUGAUCUUUUUUCUUAUAUUGUUUGUAUAUCGAUGUAAAAGAGAAUAUUAUUUGUCAGAAUUUAAGGUUGUUUUUAUUAUUUAUGGAGAAACUUAUUGUAUCUGAAUCGAAAAUGUAUCGUCGGUAAUCUCAUGCGUCACUUGAGCCGCGGUGACUGCAGUUACAGCUUGUGUUUCAGAGCACCGACGUUGUUGAGAGAACCAAACUCUGCUCCUUCUCAAAGUUUUGAUGCUGAAAAAUGUAUUUAACUCACCGUGUUCCCCGAUUACACUGCCCUCCACUUUAUUCUGUUUACAAGAACAUUGGUUGGAAACAUAUUCAGAAAUUAAAUGAAUUACACGGAAGUCGCCAUUUAUAUUGACCAACGAGCUACUAAACUGUUAAAUCGUUUUUCUGAAGUGUGAAAACAUUUUUUUUUCUUUUUUUACAAAAUGUUAUUUUUUCAACAUUUCAGAAAAUCAAACGUGUGACAUACAAGCUGUACCCACAGUUGCUCUGGCAACCAAAUCAGACAUCAAUAUCAUUUGCAACUGCUUGUUUAAUGUAGUACCUUUUCUAAUGUAUUGUUUUACUCUUUGCGUGUUAAAUCAAGAUUUGAUGUUUUUCCGUGAUUCUGUAAUAUUGAUGGUUUUAUGAGCAGCACUAGAACCAUAUUGUUCAUCAGAGUAAUUUAAGCGGGGCACGUGUUUGUGGGGAAAGAGUGUCGAUUUACUCACUGGAUGCUGAAGGGCAACGAUGAAGCCACACACUUUAUCAUUUUAAGGCGACUGCAUCGAUUAGAUUUGGGGGUAUUUAUCUCGUCCGUAUCCCACUGUCCAUACGAAAAUUUGCUUAUCGGUUACGCUUGCUUUGCCUGAGAUGUGUUCAUAUUUUUUCACUAUGUUCUUGACCACAUGUAUCAAGACAGCAGGCCAUGCCACCUGUAAAUACCACCAUUAGAAAAAUAAAGGCUACUAUUUUUCAGAUCUGUAA